AUGUCCACACAUCUGUUCUCUACCUCUGUGUCUCUGUUCCUGCCCUGUCUCUAUUCCUUAACCCAUUACCCAGGAGUGGAAAGAAGGCGUGCUAAGGCAGUGCGGACCGUGCAGAAGUUCCUGAGGAAGCAGCACUUCCAGGGGGACCAUGGGCUGGACCAGAAGGUGCUGAAGAUGAUCCAGGUGGGCUCCUUCGGGAAUGGCACGGCGCUCAGGAACCUCGCGGAGGUGGAGCCGGUGGUGUUCCUGAGCGGUUUUGGCAGUUUCCAGGACUACAACCACCACGAGCAUGUUCUGAGCAUGCUCUAUGAAAAGCUCACGGAUUGCCCAGAUCUGCUACACCUCCAGCCCCAGAACCUGAGGCUGGUCCACGGAGUCACCUCUGCUGUCGCCUUCACCAUUCAGACCUGGGAGGUGGAAGAGCAAGUCACAGUCACCAUCGUGCCGGCCUACAGAGUCCUGAGUAAGGGAUCUUCUGUUCCCAACUUUCAGCCCUCCCCAGAGGUCUAUGUGGGACUGACUGAGGCCUGCCCUAUUCUUGGACAUUUCUCCCCAUCCUUCAGCGAGCUGCAGAGAAACUUCAUGAAAUACAAGCCAACCAAGCUGAGGAGUCUCCUGCAGCUGGUAAAACACUGGUACCCGGAGUAUGUGAAAGCCCAGUGCCCUAGGGCGGAGCCGUCCCCAAUCUGCUCAGAGUAUCAGCGCCUCUGCAUCUACUGGACCAAGUACUACACAUUGCAGAACCCGAUCAUUGAGGACUUUGUCAGAAACCAGCUCAAAGAAAAGAGGCCCAUCAUCUUGGAUCUGGCUGACCCCACCUACAACAUGGCAACAGGCUACAGAUGGGAUAUAGUGGCUCAGAGUGCCCGCUGUUGCCUGAAACAGUACUGUUGCUAUGACAUCCCCAACUGGAAACUGAAGACACCGGAAGGUGGACUUAACCCCUCUCUCUCCUCUCCCUUCCAAUUUGCAUGA